CACGCGCGGACCGCCGCCGUUUUAGCCAAAUAAAUCCGGAUAAGUUAUCCCCAUUUCGGUGCUUUAGGCCGAUUUUAGUUCUAUUAAAGAACCCCCAACCGAGCCCACCCCCAACGACGGCCAUGCUGGCCAACCUGCAGGCCCACAGCGGCCACCUGUUGCGUCAGAGCCUGCGAAACGCGAGGAUUUGGCGGCGAAGCUGGGCGAGCACGGCGGCUGGAAAGGAUCAGGAUGCGCAGGACGACAGCCUGACCAUCGGCGAUGUGAGCGUGCGGCUGCGCAAGCCCAAGGAUCCACAGCUGGUGCCGCAGCAAUACGUGAAAUACGCCCCGGAUGGCAGCCUGCAGCUGUCGCAGUCGGCCCUGCACCACCUGCGCUGGAUGCUGCAGAAGGACGCACUGCGUCAAGACAUGUUCCUGCUGGGCCAGCCGGGCCCGCUGCGCCGCCAGCUGGCCAUGCAGUUCCUGGAGCUCACGCAGCGCGAGGUGGAGUAUGUGGCUCUCAGCAGGGACACCACCGAGAGCGAUCUGAAGCAGCGACGCGAGAUCCACGACAGGGCGGCCAUCUACUACGACCAGGGAGCAGUGCGUGCCGCCCUCAAUGGUCGCGUCCUCGUCCUCGACGGCGUGGAGCACGCGGAGCGGAAUGUGCUGCCCAUACUGAACAAUCUGCUGGAGAAUCGGGAGAUGCACUUGGAGAGCGGCAAGUUCCUGAUGUCGCCCGAGCGCUACGACAAGCUUUUGGAGAAACAUUCGCGGGAACAGCUGGAUGAAUGGGGGUUGUUGAGGGUUUCCGAGGAAUUUCGAGUGGUGGCCCUCGGUCUGCCCACGCACAAGUACAAGGGCACUCCGCUGGAUCCGCCACUGCGCUCCCGCUUCCAGUCCCGCAACGUGACCACCUACUCCUACGGCGAGCUGUACGAGGAACUGCAGCAGGAGGCGCCCGCUGUGCCCGGCGAGCAGCUGAAGCAGCUACUGACCUUCGCUUUGACCCUGCAGCAGGCGGAUCCUGCGCUCCAGCUGCCGGAUUUCCCGCUCCACAACCUGAGAUUGGGUGUCAGGAUGCUGGAGGCGAAUCCCUCUCUGAGCCUGCAUGAUAUCAUCAGCAGGAUAUAUCCCUACCAAAGCAUGCUAAAGUCCGACCAAAAGAAGCGCGUGGAGGAGCUGCUCAAGAAGCUGGACAUUCAGUUGGUGCCCAGCGGCAGCGUCAAGAGAAUCGCCAGUAGGACUGGAGAUCAAGGGGAAGUUGUACUCAACCUAGAUGAACUGCAGCUGCAGCUGCCCGGAGGAGAGACGCCUUCUUCCGCUGCCACUACCUUUGUAGAUCUGCCCCAUCAGCGACAGGCGCUGGCCAGUCUGCUGCAAGCCUACGCGGUGGGCGAUGUGUGCCUGGUGGGCGAGAAGGGCGUGGGCAAGCUGACCCUCACCCAGGAGCUGCUCCGCCUGCUGCAGCAAAGCUCAGAGCCCAUGAUGCUGUACGAGGACAUGACCAGCAGGGACCUCGUCCAGCAGCGGAUCACGAGUGCCGAGGGCGACACCGUCUGGCGGGAUUCGCCUCUAGUGCGGGCUGCCAAAUCGGGAUCCGUGGCGGUCCUGAAUGGCCUGCAUCGCCUGCACAAGAGCACGGCCAGCGUUCUGCAGCGCCUCAUUCACGAUCGGGAACUGCAGCUGUGCGAUGGCACUACUCUGCUGGGCGCCCAUCGCUACCAGGCGCUGCUCCAGCAGGAGGGAUUCACCGAGGACAAGCUCACCGCACUCGGUUUCCUGCCCAUGCACAGAUCCUUCCGCGUGGUGGCCCUGGCCGAACCACCGCGUCCUGGGGGCGGACAACCCAAUUGGCUGACUCCCGAGCUGCUCAGCCUGUUUCUCUACCAGGAGCUGCGUCCGCUAAGCCAGAGCGAGGAGGAGGAGCUGCUGGCACAGCUGUGCGGUGGAGGACUGCCCGCUGGCAUGGAGCCGCUGCUGAAGCUGGCCCAGCUGCUCAGAUCCUCGCAGGAUCCACUGCUGCAGGGAUUGGCCGGCACGCUGUCCACGCGGCAGCUGCUCAAACUGGCCCGCCGCCUGGCCGCCUAUCCUCGCAGCGAGCUGAGCGAUGUCCACGAGAUGCUGCAGAACACAUUCCUGGCCAGAUUCAUGCCGGCCCUUUCACGUGGCGCUUUGGAACAGGCCAUCCAGCAGGUGGGCAUACGGCCAACGGAGUUUAAGACCAAGAAAAGCCAGAAAAACCAGAUAGCCGUUGAGAAUAACACCCUAAGAAUCGGCUCCACGCACUGGCCACUCGGCCAACCCAGCCAGGAGCAGCUGUCCAAGGUGCCCAGCACGCUGUUCUACGAGAUGCCGCAGCAUCUGCAGCUGCUGGAGCGCCUGCUGCAGGACUACCUCAUCGGGGAGCACCUGCUGCUGGUGGGCAACCAGGGUGUGGGCAAGAACAAGCUGGUCGAUCGCCUGCUGGAGCUGAUGCAGCGGCCCAGGGAGUACAUCCAGCUGCACAGGGACACCACCGUCCACAGCCUGACGCUCCAAGCGACGCUUAAGGAUGGCCAGGUGUCGUACGAGGACAGUGCGCUCGUUCAGGCAGUGCGAUCCGGCCACGUUCUCGUGGUGGACGAGGCGGACAAGGCGCCCGUUAAUGUGACCUGCAUACUGCGCACUCUCGUGGAGAGCGGCGAAAUGGUGCUGGCCGAUGGCCGGAGGAUUGUGCCAGCGGGUGCCGGCGGCAGGACGCCCAACUCCAUUGAAACGCAUCCCGAUUUCCGACUCAUCGUACUGGCCAAUCGCCCGGGAUUUCCCUUCCUCGGCAACGAUUUCUUUGCCGCUUUGGGCGAUGUCUUCAGCUGCCAUGCCAUCAGCAAUCCGGAUCCGGACUCCGAGAUCUUCCUGCUGCAGCAAUACGGACCCAAGGUGCCCAUCAAGACGCUGCGCACCCUGGUGAAUGCCUUCGGGGAGCUGCGAACUCUGGCCGACGAGGGCAUGCUCAACUAUCCCUACUCCACGCGCGAGGUGGUGAGCAUUGUCAAGCAUCUGGAACGCUACCCGGAGGAGAACAUGUCCGAGGUGGUGGGCAACGUGCUCGACUUCGAUCGCUACCAGCCGGAGGCCCUGCAGCAGGUCAACCAGGUGCUGGCCAAGCACGGCAUCGAGUCGUAUGCCGAGGAGGAGAUCCAGGCCAUCAGGCGGCAGAAGAAGCUGCAGGCGUCCGUCAAGCGGCACAGCGGCCUCGGCGUCUCGGGACCGAAGUUCGGCAAGCUGGACCCCAAGAACGAGCCGCAUGUGGGCGGGAAUACGUGGGCCGGCGGCAGCGGGGGCCGCGACACCGCCGGACUGGGCGGCAAGGGCGGUCCCUUUCGGCUGGACAAGGGCCACAAGGUCCAUCAGCUGAGCGACGAGGAGAAGGCCGAUGUGCCCGAGGAGAUCAAGCGGGCCGCACGCGAAAUGAACCGCAAGGCGUUCGAGGAGAAGCUCAAGGAGAUCAAGAUGUCCGCCCACGACCACCGGCUGUACGCCCAGUUCAGCGAGCCCAAUCGCAAGCAGGUGCAGCAGCUGAAGGCCGUCCUGGAGGCCAUGCAGACGAAGAGCAAGGAGCGCCAGUGGCAGAAGUACCAGACCCACGGCGACCUCGACGACACCCGACUCGUCGAGGGCAUCACCGGCGAGAAGAACAUCUACAGGCGGCGGGCGGAGGCCAAUCCCUGGGCGGAUCACGUCCAGGAGAAGCCCAACCGACUCAAGCUGGUCGUCGAUGUCUCGGGUUCGAUGUACAGGUUUAAUGGCUACGAUGGACGGCUGGACCGUCAGUUGGAGGCUGUGGUCAUGGUGAUGGAGGCCUUCGAGGGAUUCGAAAAGAAGAUCGUCUACGACAUUGUCGGCCACAGCGGCGAAGGCUGGGAGAUUCCGUUCGUGACCGCCGGCAGUCCGCCGAAAAACGACAAGGAGCGAUUCGAGGCCAUCCGGAUGAUGCACGCCCACUCGCAGUUCUGCUGGUCGGGCGACUCCACGGUGAAGGCGGCGCGGGAGGCCUGUUCCACGCUGGGAGCGGAGCAGGACUAUGACAACGCCAUUGUGGUGGUCCUCAGCGAUGCCAAUCUGCAGCGCUACGGCAUCGCUCCCAAGGAUCUGGCCGUGGCCCUCAAGCGGGGCGAACCGAAGGUCAAAGGUUAUGCCAUCUUCAUUGGCAGUUUGGCCGAGGAGGCCGAUGAAAUCAAUGCCGAAAUGCCGGCGGGACAGAGCUUCGUCUGCAUGGACCUCACCAAGCUACCUCACAUCCUACAGCAGAUCUUCACUUCCUCGCUGCUUUAGUGCAAUUUUCAGAUCCCCACAGAUCGUCUAGCUUAAGUUUAUGUUGAUGAUUCCAGUUUUAUAGUUAGGCCUGAAUUGAGUCUAUAAAUCGAUUUUUGUGUAAAAAUGUAUAAAACGUAUAGCAAAAACU